AGGUCCCAACGUUUGUGCACUACUUUAUUUUUGCAAGGUACUACAGGUACAGCUGGACAAUCGUUCAUAAGUAGGACUGUCUUCUUGCGCGGCAGCUUCACGUUCACUUUCAAUUUGAGUACUAGUUUCCGGCACGUUUCAGUAACGACUUGAAUUCUACUGCAUCGAUAUUGAACUGCUCUUUUGGUGUAGAAGUGCAAGAAAACCACGACAUGGCCACACCGAGUAGAAGUGCAAGUCGUGCCAGCUCGCAGCGCUCCUCUGCGGGAGCGGGUCAAUCCCGAACAGAGGAAGACUGCGAAAGGCUCGACGCGUGCCUGGACUUUCUCGUUCGAGUCGUUCCGCAAACAAUUUUUGCUCCGUGCAUAAUGUUGACGGAAGCAGCGGCGGCGGGCGGUGGAUCAACAUCUUCUACAGCCGCGAGGAAUUAUGCAACAGAGUCCGAGCGACAGGAGGCGGAACUCUACGCGAAGGUCCCGCAACUACUCUCCACCCAGUCGCACCUGCUAAUUCCGAGACGCCGAAUCAUAUCGCAAGCUGUAGCACGACUGACGCUCCUCGGCCGAAGAGGUCCGCAAGGAGGAGGGGGAGCAAGAACCGCAACCACUUCUGGUUCUGAAGACGCGCCACUAGUAGUAAACGAGUACGACGCAGAUGAGGAUAUCAACGAAGCACUGAAGCAGAUUGCCACGGUGCCGACCCUGCAGGCCGAGCUGUGGCGCCGGGACCCAGACGCGAUUCCCGAACCGCUGCAAGCCGCGGUGUUGCACGUGUUUCUGCGGGAUUUGGUCGCCAAUUUUCAGAGGUUUGAGGACGAGUCGUUGAUCAGGCGAGGGUCGGUUGGCAGCAAACAAACCAGCGACGCUGUGGACGAAGACGGGAAAAUUUUUAUUACAAGGAAAAAUUAUCACCCCUCCCCAUAUCGAAAACGAAAUUCAAAUUUGUGAUGCUGUAUCUGAGAACACAACUCGACCUGUAUUGCUAGAAGGCCAAGACCAAGAGCCACAGCUGUGGCCUCGUUUGCAGGCAAUUUGUCAUGCUUCUUCCCACUUCCAGCUGCCUCCUGUCAUGCUGAAGCUGCAAGGCUUGUUUCCCACGCCACCCAGCACUACAGGACUCCUGUAGUGCUGGGUGGCGUUCCAAGUAGUCCGCAUCUUUUGCCUUCUAGCAUGACAGAGCUGAUUUCUUGUGGCCACACCCACAAAUCUGCAUCACAGAUUUUCCCUUUCGUUUUGAUACGGGGAGGGGGGAUUUUUCUUCUUGAUAGUUUUGAUCGCGGGAACACGACCAUCUCCACCACCACCUGUGGAGGUCGUAGACGAACAACCAGCUGAAGAUCCUCCCCGCGCCGGCCCCCCGGCAGCACCUCGUCGAAUCAUCUGGUAACCAAAGCGUGCGCAAGCGCUCGCAAGAGCGCUUUGCGCGCGGGCUUGCCCGCGCGCAAAGCGCUCUUUGCGAGAUGCUCAUCCAUCGCAAACGCAGCGCGAAGGCUUUGCCGUUGCCAUAUGGGAGGGACUCGGGAGUAUGCAAUCACUCGCAAAAUCGGGCAUUUCCAAGCGUGUUUUGCCGCCAGAAAGGGGAUCUGAGAAAAUUUGCGUAAGUUUUGCCGAAAGCAGCCAAAACAGUAAUUAUCAAGCGGGGAGAGGGUAAAAAAGAGAAGUUUUAUUGCUCCGCCCAGUCUGAAUCUGAAAAAAGAUAUUGGCGUUUUCGGCUAGGGCCGACGGUGUGAUGCGUUUUAUAGCGGAAAAUGCGUCACGUGCAGGCAGCUCCGGCCGCUUAGAAAUUGAAAAAAAUUGCGAAAAAAACGCUAUUUUUCGCAGCAUGCAAGCGGCCGACUAAAUUUACCGAUUUUCUCCAGUUCCCGGAAACCGCUUGAAAAUUGAAAAUGACAAUUUUUGCUGAAAAAGCAAAAGCCGCUUGAAAAUUGCCGCUCAAAAGUGGUUUUCAAAUUUGUCCGGAGGCCCGUGGCACCAGGAUUGGACGACAAAAAAACAACUAUCAAGCCUGUGGAGGUGUGUCCACCCCCCACGGUUUUCGACGUGUAUGAAGGCCAGAAUUGCGAUCCUCCUCCCGCUUGGAAAUGCCCGAUCUGGGUGGCCCAAAAGGGCUGCCAGAAAUGGCGAGAGUUGUUUAAAUUUUUGAAGUUUGCGCAUUUUCCCGGGCCAGCGUGCCGCCGUGCAUAACGUUAUGCGCGAUGGAGUGCUGCUCGCCAAAAAACGCAGUCUUUUGCGCGCCCUUGCUUCCUGGUUAGAGGAUGAGAGCGCGGCCCGAAGCGGGCUGCAGUGUUGGACCGCGGCCCUUGGGCCGCGGUCCAAGAGUGGUGCCCGCGAGGGCCGCGCUCUCAUCCUCUAACCAGGAAGUCAAGGGAUGCGCGGUAGCCUUCGCGCUGAUUGGGGCGCUUCGCACGCUUUUGGUUACCAAUAUCGCCCUCCGGGCGCGACCUUAAUACGCCCGUCAGAAGCUUCUGAUGCGGUCUUUUGCACACGCCUGCACAUGUCCGAAAACGUUCCUGCCGGUUCCCUGCUGCUGGUGCUUGAGGAGUUACGAAAUAAGCAGGUCCAGGCCAUCGGUGCCUACGCGGAAACCACGGAGAACGACGGCGACGGGUCCACGUUUGUGCGCCGGUGCGGUCCGGACUGGCUUUCCUGUCCAGAAAAGUGUCCGAACAAACGCAUCUAUUACCUCACGACGGCAGGGUGA